AUGUCUACAGCUAGAAUGAUGUACUCGAGCAAUUUAACAGGGUUUAUACUGGCAGUGGUUUCCAGUGCCUUUAUAGGCUCUAGUUUUAUAAUCAAGAAGAAGGGUCUUAGGAAAGCUGGUGUUAGCGGUCCUCGAGCAAGUUCUGGAGGCUACGGUUAUUUGUUGGAGCCAUUGUGGUGGAUUGGCAUGAUUACUAUGAUUGUUGGAGAGAUUGCCAAUUUUGUAGCAUACAUUUAUGCUCCUGCUGUUCUUGUGACACCACUUGGUGCAUUGAGUAUCAUUGUAAGUGCGGUGUUAGCCCAUUUCUUGUUGAGCGAGAAGUUGCAAAAAAUGGGGGUUUUGGGCUGUCUUCUAUGCAUAGUUGGUUCUACUGUGAUUGUGUUACAUGCACCUGCUGAACGGUCCAUUAAUUCAGUCGAAGAAAUCUGGGAAUUAGCUAUCCAGCCAGCAUUUCUUUUGUAUACAGCCUCUGUGGUAGCUAUAGCAUUGGUGCUGAUUUUGUAUUUUUCUCCACGCUAUGGCCAAACCAACAUUUUGGUCUAUAUAGGAAUUUGCUCUGUAAUUGGAUCAUUGACAGUCAUGAGCGUAAAAGCCAUUGGCAUUGCUAUAAAAUUAACAAUAGAUGGCAUAAAUCAGGCCAAAUACUUCCAAACAUGGAUUUUUGCAAUGGUUGCAAUUACUUGCAUCAUCACUCAAUUAAAUUAUCUAAACAUGGCAUUAGAUACAUUCAAUGCAGCAGUUGUUUCUCCCAUCUAUUAUGCUGGGUUUACAUCCUUUACAAUUCUUGCCAGUGCAAUAAUGUUUAAGGAUUAUUCUGGUCAAAGCGCAAGCAGCAUUGUAUCAGAGCUUUGUGGGUUUCUUACCGUGUUAUCUGGGACUGCCGUAUUACAUAGUACCAGAGAGCCAGAUCCACCAACCCUACCAGAUCUUUAUGCCCCGUUGUCUCCAAAAGUAUCAUGGUACAUCCAAGGCAAUGGGGAACAGUGGAAACAGAAGGAUGAAGAUGGUUCACCUCCCAAUUUCGUCACAAUUCUCCGGCAAGACCAUUUCAAGUGA